UAAAUGGAUAAAGCAGCUAGUACUUGACAAGUCGAUCAACAGAGAAGUGUUAAUCGACUUUAUUCCAGCUCUAGGGAAGUGAGAAAAGUAUUUGCUAGUGAUCUCUGAUCAGUUUAAUUAUUAAUGUUUAAUUAAUAAGGUAAUCGCAGCGACUACGUCAAUCGAAAAUGAACAACAACAUUACAUCUUUAACUCACAUCGAUAAAGAACUUGUCGGAAAAUUCCGUCUACUCAUUAAAGAAUCUAACAUUAACUUAUCGAUGAGUGACGAAUUGCUGAUGUGCUUCAUUCACGCUCGGAAGUACGACGUGAAUCGUGCUAUGAGAUUGUUGAACAACUACAUCAGAAUGACGAAAAAUUACCCAGAACUUCUAACUGAGUUGCGACCGGCGCGCGCCAAACAAGUGCUCGAUAUGGGUCUUGUUCUUGUGUCACCCCAACGAGAGCAAAAUGGUCGUCGUGUAUUUAUAGUUGACCUAAGCGAUUGGGAUCCUCGCGUUUGUUGUUUGGAAGACGUCUUUCAUACUGUCGUCUUUUGUUUUCAAAGAAUGGUGUCCGAGAUUGAAACUCAGACUAAUGGCAUUGUUGUAAUCCUGGAUUUCAAAAAUUUUACACUUCACAAAGUGAAGCAGUUUACUCCGCCGUUGAUCAAAACAAUGGCUGACACCGUACAGGACGUGUUUCCUAUUCGUUUACAAGGAAUUCAUAUUCUCAAUGAACCUCGUAUCCUCAAAAUCCUAGUUGCCAUGUUUUGGCCUUUUUUGUCUAACAAAAUCCGCAAUCGAUUGUUUUUUCAUGGCCACAGCUAUACAACAUUACACAACCAGAUUGAUCCUGCUUCCUUGCCCAGCAAUUACGACGGCUGCCUGAAACCGAUGGAAACCAUGCAUUUUUAUAAUGUCUUCCCUGAAAAGGACUACUCGAAAUUAUUCGAUUGUUUUAACUAGAGCUCGAUGGAUCAGGCUCGUCGGUGAUCAUCUAAAUUAUUACAUAGAUAUAUUGUGCGGAAAAUUCGAUUCCGGCUAACACGCGAAUCAAGAGGCGGUCCAAUUGCGUAUGUAUAAUAUUAUUCGUUUCCCUUGUAGUAUUAGCUUCCUCGUAGUACCCGUGAUUUAUUGUGUCGAUUAAGAGAGCUCUGUAUAGUUACAUCAGGGGGUUAGGGCUAAUUAAUAAGAGAGAAGAUCAGAUGAGUCCGUAUUCUGUGAAGAGUUUGCGUGUUUUGCUGUUUUUGCAUGCGUCUGUUAUCAAACUAUAAUCACUGGUUGUGCCAGUAGUGAUAUUCCUUUCCCUGAUUCUGAGCAGUCAUUGAAUAUGUUAUUGCAUCAUAUCGUAUCGUGUUUGUCGAUAACAAAAUAAUUCAGCCCCGAACUUGUCGCUUAAGGUAACAAAAACUAACAACUAUUAACGAAAACUUUACUGAAAACCUUGGAAUUUGGAUAACCCGAAUCCCACCUUGAAUUGGACGAUUUUCAAAUGAAUUCAUGGAUUUAA